AUGGCUGCCUGCUCAAGGGGCCUUGCCUUGGGCGUCGCCCUCCGAGGGCCGCUUUCCUCCGCCCGCCAACCCUUCUCGUCGAGCCGGACAUUCACGACCUUGUCGUGCUUCCAAGCCGCGGCGCGCAGAUCCGCCCCGGCAAAGCUCGCCGUCAACAAGCCGACACGAAUCCUACCGUCGAAGGCGACAUCAACCCCCAAACCAACAGCGGCCCCUCGCGCCGCCGCCGCCGCCACACCCCUGCCCUCGGCGGCAACGACAACGAACCCUCUCCUCCUGCAGCUCGCGCGCUCGCCCUCCCCGACAAUCCUCUACGAGUCGGCGUCGCACUUUUGGAUGAAGGCCACGGCCUGGACCACAACCUCGGCGUGCUACGCCGCGGCCGUCGCGAACUGGUACCUCACGGCGCCCGCGGACGCGGCGUGGUUCGUGCCCAACGUCUACACCAUGACGUGCGUCGCGCUCGCGGGCAUGGGGUCCUUCUUCGUCUUCGGCGCCGCCAACAUUGUGCGCGCCGUGCGCGCCGUGCCGACCGCGACCCUGGUCGGCAGGGCCCUGCCGCCGGGCGUCAACCCGCGCCUGACGCCCGUCCUGCUCGAGGUCGCCGUCAAGCCGUGGGCGCCGUUCCUGCGCAAGCCCAAGGUCCUGCUCGUCGCGCCCGAGGAGGUCACGCUGCGCCGCCGCCUGUUCGAGCCCCGCGUCACCGAGGCGCAGCUGCGCAGCAUCCGGGACCGGGAAAAGGCCGCCGCCAAGGCAAAGUGGGAGGCCGACAAGCAGAGGCUGCUGACCAUGCCCUUCCGCGACGCCUGGCGCGGCGCCAAGAUGGCCUGGGAGGGCGUCAGGAGGGCGCUGACCGGCGGCGGCUUUGUCAAGAUGACCGUCGGCGACCGCAAGUGCAAGCUCGACGUCGCCACCGGCUGGGCGCUCGACGACGGGCUGGCGCUGCAGAAGCUCGUCCGUAUCGAGAAGCAGGGGCAGUAG